GUAAAAUAUUAGAAAGGUAAGUAGAUUACGAAGUGGUUCUUUAGAUUUCCUGGAAAGGGAAAAAUAUCCCAAUCUCCAUAUUUUAGGGAUAUGGCACAAAACCCUCAAAAUUUCCCCAAAUUUUGGGGAAAACUACCAAAUUUCUUACGACUUGGGGAAAAACCCCAAAAUUUAGCCGAAAUGGGGACCAGACUAAAUUUAACAAGUGAUUUCAACCCAGUUAAAAUAUCUUAUUUUGUAGCUGUCAGAAACUGGUUAGUUUGGAAAGUAACAUAUACCAUCCUUGGUUGUAACUUUCCUAUGAUGAGUAUGGGAUUUACGCUGAUAACCACUAAAUUGGUAUUGUUCUAAUUGGUGGCCACCGAACGUGUUGGACUACAUGUUAGUAGAUAGACACAACUAGAGUGACUUGACCUCAAAUACAUUUUUUAAUACAUAUAGUAAAUACCAUAGACAUACAAAAAGUGACAUGUAUGAUUGCGGUGAACAAAACAGCCGAAAAUAUGAUUGGUGCAUAUGUUUUUGACCUUUCACUGUCUCAAGGUCAACUUAUCUGCUUUGUUUCAUAUCUCUACCUCCAAACAAUUCAUUGGGGUGUUUCUUGAUUUCUACAGAUGUACGGUAACGCUACCGGCUAAGAUAUCGAAAUGGUCGCGUUGGAAUUUAUUUCUCAGUUAGAUAAACUACACUUUGUUGAUUCUGUCGGACUAGAUGAUUUCGCAGAUCGAUGCUCUUAUAUGUUAUCAUUUGUUAUUCUGGUCAUGUGCUUUACUAUUGUUACGCUGAAAUCUUAUGUCUUUGAACCGUUGUCAUGCUAUAUUCCAACUACCUUCUCGGGUUCUAAUUUGGGAUCGUACAUAAAUGCAUUUUGCUGGAUUAAUGGAACUACACCGAUAAGUGUAGAUACGGAUCAGCUAGAUAAUCCAACGUAUUGGAGUAGUUUAGAAGAUAAAAAAAUCAAUUAUUAUCAAUGGGUUUCACUGGUUUUGGCAUUACAAGCUAUUCUGUGCUACCUACCUCGCCUUAUUUGGGAGGCAAUUACUUUCAAUCGUGUUGGAACAAAUUUAGGAUUCUUGCUUGAAUCAGCACGAGAAGCUUCAAAGGAAACUGGAAAGGAAAGAUCAAAUCGUGUUCAAUUUAUAGCAAAUGUUAUGGAUACAUUGUUGUUUGCUCGUCGGGAUCUACGUAAAUUAGAAAAUGGUCUUAAAGAUCAAAAUUUUUUGAACACAAUUUUGCAUACUAUUCAAAAUUUGCUUCCGCGUAAAAGGCUUGGUACUGCGUUAGUCACAUACUACAUGAUAAUCAAAUCAUUUUAUUUGCUAAAUGCAGUUGGACAACUCUUAUUGAUGGAACGAUUUUUGGGUGUCCGUGGAGAAUAUCGCCUAUUUGGCUUAUCAAUUUUAAGUGAUUUGAUUAUGGGUAGACAUUGGAAUGAAACUAGUGUCUUUCCUCGAGUGGGUUUUUGUCGUGUACCAAUCAAAUUGACGAGUACACCUAUACCUAUGGUCACUGUACAAUGUACAUUGCCAGUUAAUAUGCUGAACGAAAAGAUUUAUGUGUUUUUAUGGUUUUGGUUUGUGUUUGUUGCUUCUCUGGAGGUUGCGAGUAUUGGAGUUUGGAUUUGUCGUUUGGCCGCACGGCAAUCGAGAUUGAGAAGUUUGAUUCGAUAUUUAAAAGUUGCAGAUGUUUAUGAAGAAUCAAUGGAUCCAUUACUUGCUCGAUUCGAAUUGACAUUUCUUCGAAUGGAUGGCAGUUUCCUUUUACAAAUGAUGCGUUUAAAUGCUGGAAGUCUUAUCACACAAGAAAUCUUACAAGCAAUGUUGAAGCGUUACACAGAACAAGAACAAUAUGCUCAGAAAAAACGCGUUGAACGACAACCUUCGGGACCAAAGUCUGUAGAAAUGGAAAAAGAUGGUCUACUUCCUGACUCUCCUGAUUGUACUGUAACAAAGCGUUUAGAUGUUGUUUAG